AUGUCGUCGCUUCAAGAUUUUGUUAAUCAGCAAAAAGCAAAACAAAGUUCGAUUGGAAGUACAUCAUCUUUUAGCUUGCCGAGGAUUGGGCGUUCUUCUACAAUAGAAACUGAAAGCUUAACUGAGACAGCUUCUACGUCAGGACAGUUGCCCUCAGCAAAGAAUCGGAAGAAUUCUGGGUGGUUAAGUUCUAUAAACAGUGAUGAAGGAAACUGCGGGUUAUCAAGAACGCAACGGAUUUUGGCAUUCUUUAUGUUUUUGAUUGCUGCAUUAUUUUCCUUUGGGACGGCUGUGGUUAUGCUCCCUCUUGUUGUUGUUCAAGCAAGAAAGUUUGCUGCUCUUAACACUCUAGGUUCUGUGAUGUUGAUGUUAAGUUUCGCUUUCUUAUUGGGGCCGUUAAAUUACCUGAAGCAUAUGUUUUCUGAGCAACGACGAGUUGUUACUUUAGCUUAUCUAUUAACUGUGUUUGCGACGUUGUACUCCAGUUUAUGGCUAAGAAGUACUUUGGUGACGAUAUUUUUUUCAAUUAUCCAAGCGAUAGCAUUGGUCUGGUUUGUCCUGAGUUACGCGCCAGGUGGAGAACGAGGUUUACUUUUUAUAGCUGGGCUGUUUUCCCGUUUUGUAAAGUCAAAAACAAAGACAGUCUUACCGAUUUGA